AUGAAGAAAAUUAUUUUCUCAGUCAUUGGACUUGCAGCUACUUUCGCUAAUGCGUAAAUUAUAAUGGAGCCUCCCACUACUUCAGGCAGAGAUGUAGCCUUGAUAAUGGUUCAAGGUCCAGGUUAUCCUGCAGAUGGCUAUAUUCCCGUCAUCUAGUAGAUUUAGCAAUUUGCCUCUCAAAAUGGUAUUAAUCUUUUCGCUUCAGUUCCAACAUUCCCAGACAACAAAGCUGAUGCUGGUAAUAUAAUAACUGAAUUCAAGAAAUCAAUGGAUGGCUUAAAGUCAAAAGGCUUUACUGGAAAUGAUGUGUUCUUGGCAGGACACAGCGAUGGGGGUGCUAUUGCCCUAGAUUAUGCUAUCAAGGGUACAUAAGUUUUAAGAGGUGUGAUCCUUGAGGGAAGUAUAAUGAAAAGAGACCAAAGAUCUAUUGAGUCUAAUGGAUUCACAAAAUUUUCUCACAGCGUACCUACACUUACUCUCUGUGGAGAAUUAGAUGGAAUAAUGAGAAUUUCUAGAUGCGCCGAGUCUCAUUGGCACUAAACUGAGAAUAUUGAUUAAUCUCAAAAAGAUUUAUUCCCAGUUGUUGCAUUAAAGGGUCUCUCUCACUGGAGAUUCUCUAGUGGAGCCAUUCCAGACACAAUUAAGCAAAAUGAUCUUAGAGCAGAAAUUGAGGAAAAAGAUGCUCAUACUCAAAUAGCCUAAUCAUUCGUUGGCUUCUUUGGUCAGAUUCUUAAAAUACAGAGUGCCUCUCAAUUAAUGGCUAAUACCUAAUAAGUCGACCUUAAGCCAUUAGUCAAUGCAAUGGUGAUGGAAGGAAGCUUCUAUAUGAAAAAAAUGUGCAACAGUGGAACAACAGUUAACGUUGAAGCCCCAGAUUGCUUAAAAGGCUCCCCUUAUAUCAAUUAAUUCAGCAGCCUCUAAAUGGCCGGUGAAAUCUUAAAUAAAAACAUCAAGGUCGUAAAUGAUGAUAACUUCCAUAUUGCCUCAACAUUGAUACCUUACCAUCACCCAUCUAUAAAUAGUACUUGUGAUGGAGAUACUCAGGUUGAAUGUAAAGUUAAUACCAUCUCAACUACAGAGAAUAUCUAUGAGUCAACAGAAGAUAAUGGAAAGCAUGCAGUUGGAGCAACAGAAAUGAAAACUAAAUUUAAGUCAAGAGAAGCUAUUCAAUUAGCUGCAGGAAACAAGAAAGCAGAUUUCCAUGAAAUGGAUGAAGUGACAGACAGGUGUGGGGAAAUUAAUAAGGAUGUCAUUCAAUGGGCCUAUGAUCAUUCAAGCGAUGAAGCCAAGAAAAGAUAUGACAGCUAUGGUGAGAAGUUAGUUGUAGGAGCUGACUUAGGCCCAUACAACGACGGUCCAUCUUGGAUUUGGAGAUCACUUCAGUAUAAUGAAAAUAAGGAGAAGACUCAAGUAUCUGUUCAAUCUCCAGCAAUGAAAUUCAAGGCUGACUUUUUCCUUGAAUUUUCUGCUGGUAUUCAUUACUGUAAAGUCCUUUCCCCAUUUAGAGCUAUGGAAUGGAUUUACUUUGAUAGCUUAAAAGGCCAUUAUAUGCCAUAAACUUAAGUCUAUGAAGCCUUCUUGCAAUGA